UUUGUAUCUUCUUUUGAACAAUGCACAUAAUAAAAGAAGUAAAAACUAUAAAGAUAUUCAAAGGCUAUUACUAUUUCGACAUUAUCGACGACAUUAAAAAGCGCGCUUAAAUAUCUCUCGAGUUAAGUAUCUGAAAUAUAUCUUCAAGAACAUUCAGUACGGAGUAUACCACGGAACAUAACGGGAGAAAAACGCGAAGGUAGCAGUGAAACAUAAUAAGAUACGAUGUUAAAUAAUAAAACUCGAUGAUAAAGUCAAAUACAUUGAAUAAUAACGAAAUCAUAUGUUACGCAUGCGCAAGUGAAUGUAAUGAGUGUAAAAAAUUGCCUAGCGAGUCCAGCAUCACUGUUCGAAAAUUAUAAUAAGAAGGACCGCGUGGUUCGUGAUGGCCGAUAAAGGAAGAGAGGAUUUGUUGCAACAAGUGAAAGAACAAGGAGAUCUUGUACGAAAAUUAAAAGCUGCUAAAGGAAAUAAAACUCAGGGAUCCUCGAAUAUAUUGCCUGACUUAGAAACCUUAAACAAUGAAUUUGCGGAUAUCAGCUAUGUAUGCGGCUGGAUCCCUUCAUCUAAAGACAAUCAGCUUUUCAAUUUAUGUACAAGUAAUUAUAAUGACAAUUUUGCAAAGUGGCCACACUUAAAUCGAUGGUAUAUUAACAUGAAAAGUUUUACUGAAGCUGAACGUUUAAACUUUCCUGCCAUGGAAGCAUCACUUACUUCCUUGGCAAUAAAACUUGAGAAUAUUGGCGAUAUUUCCUGUUGUAAUAAUAUUCUUGAUAAAAAGAUAGCUGAUGAGGUUUCAAAACUGCUGGAGUUAAAAGCACAAUUAGGAGAGGAAAAUGCUGUUCAACAUAAACUUAUACUUAAAACACCAAAAGGUACAAGGGACUAUAAUCCAGAACAUAUGUCAUUACGACUUGGAGUCUUGGAGAAAAUAAUUUCAGUAUUUAAACGUCAUGGUGCUGAAACUAUAGAUACACCUGUUUUUGAAUUAAAGGAUGUUUUAACAGGGAAAUAUGGUGAAGAUUCUAAAUUGAUCUAUGAUUUAAAAGAUCAGGGAGGUGAAAUACUUGCUCUUAGAUAUGAUUUAACAGUACCUUUUGCUAGAUACCUUGCUAUGGGAAAAAUAUCCAGUAUUAAAAGAUAUCAUAUUGCCAAAGUUUAUAGAAGAGAUAAUCCAGCUACAACAAAAGGACGUUACAGAGAAUUUUAUCAGUGUGAUUUUGAUAUUGCUGGUCAAUAUGAUCCUAUGAUACCUGAUGCUGAAUGUAUUCGUGUAGUCUCAGAUGCAUUGGAAUCUCUGAAUCUAGGAAAAUUUAUAAUUAAAUUAAAUCAUAGAUCAUUACUCGAUGCUAUAUUUGCUACAUGUGGUGUUCCACAAGAUAAAUUCAAAACUAUCUGUUCUUCGGUUGAUAAGUUAGACAAAACAUCUUGGGAAGAAGUAAAGAAAGAAAUGGUAGAAGAAAAAGGUCUAAAUGAAGACACUGCUGAUAAAAUUUGGAGUUAUGUGUCUAAAUCUGGAGGUGUAAACCUAAUAACAGAAUUAAGAAAAGAUGAAAAUUUAAUGAUACAUAAAUCUGCUGUAUUUGGAUUGGAUUCUAUGGAAUUACUAUUAAAAUACUGUAGUAUUUAUAAAAUUAUAGACAAGUUAGUUUUUGAUCUAAGUCUUGCACGAGGACUUGACUAUUACACAGGAGUAAUUUAUGAAGCAAUUUUAUCUGGUGAUGAUGUCGGUGUCGGUAGCGUAGCCGGAGGUGGUCGUUAUGAUAAUUUAGUCGGAAUGUUUGACAGCAAGAAAAAAACCGUACCAUGCGUAGGUGUAUCGUUAGGUGUCGAACGUAUUUUUAGUGUCUUAGAAGCUAAAAUGGCAAAUGAAGGUGUAAAGAUACGAACAACAGAAGUAGAAGUAUUUGUAGCUAGUGCUCAGAAAAAUUUACACGAAGAAAGAAUGCGCGUUUUGUCGGAUCUUUGGGAUGCUGGUAUUAAGGCUGAACAGGCGUACAAGAAAAAUAUCAAAUUAUUAGCACAAUUGCAGUAUUGUGAAGAAUAUGGUAUUCCUUUAGUGAUAAUACUUGGCGAGGGAGAGAUAGCGAGAGGUGAAGUCACCCUAAGAGAAGUUACUACACGAAAGGAAGUUCCAAUACCAAGAAAUCAACUUAUCGAUGAAAUUCGGAAACGGCUACAAAACUCAACAUAGCGAGCAAAUUAUGAUUAUUUAUUCUCUUUUUGUUUAUAGUUAGAUCAACAAUAAACAUGUACAUUGCAUUUUAACUGAGUAAUGAUUUUCUCAUUUGAAGUACAUAAAUACAAAUUUGCAUUAUUUACGGCUAUAAGCCAUAUUAUAUUUACCUAAUGAAGAUAGUCAUUUUUUAUGACACACCUCGCCAAAUAUAAAAUAUAUUAACAAGAAAACAUUGUAAUUUAUUAUAUGUAUUAAAUAAAAAAUGUUCAUUUUUUAAA